GAAUCUGGGCUCGGUGAAUCACCAACGUGCAUAUAAAGAAUGAGGUAUCUCUCCACGUUGCAAGCACUUGAAGUUGCGGGACUUCUUGAAAGUGGAAUGAGUAUGCUACCUCCAGGGGAAAAAGAUUUAUAUCCUGUUGAACUGGCUCUUAGCAAGUGUAUAUCACUUUACAAAGAGCCUUGUACACGGAAAUUCACAUCGAAGGCUCUCAAGAAUGAGUACAUGAGAUGCUUGAGGCGGCUCGCUGGUAUUGUUCAGAGCGAUUUCGCUGCGUCGGAAGCGUUGAGUUUGCAGGGGUUGCUAGCUGAAGUGCAGCAAAUAAUCGAAGAACUUGUGGAAGAGAGCAACUAAGAAUAUGGAAGAGGUAAUUGUUCAUUGGAACACACCAACAAAUUUUGAUGGCUGCUUUUUUUUUCCCUUUUUGUUCUCUUCUCUGCUGUCAUAUUUGUAGGCUGCUCGAUAGUAUGGCUGCUCGAUCAUGGAACACCGACAAGUAGGCCCCCAAUGCACCAACCAUGUGUAUGUAAGCCACUUUUUAGAAUUUACACUCACGGUGUAACAUACUUCAGAAGCAUUUUUUGUUUACUGCUCGGAACAUUUAGACUGUUCUCCGUGCAAGAUUUUAUUUUAUUGUGUGGUUUUGCCAUAUCAUCAAAACAUAGAACAUGUAGACUAUUCUCCGAGCCAGGUUUUAUUUUAUUGUGCAGUUUUAACCGUGUCAUCUCAUCAAAACAUGUUUGAGUGGAUAAAUGAAAUCAGUGCUCUCAAUGUAAAAUUUAACUUCACAGUUCUAGACU